AUGCUUGGGCGUGGUCUGUGGGACGGUGGGGAGAGGACUGGGGUGCCGGGACCCGUGGAGCAUAGGGGCAGUGAGGUCUUUGGUGGCGCGAGUCAGGUCUGGGUUCCCAUCUGUCGCUCUCCCUCUCUUUGGCCGAGAAGCUCCGGCUUCUCCAACUCGGGCUCGCGGCCUCUUCAUCGUCCCACCUCGUCCUCGUCCGCUCCCUCAGCCCUUGCCGCUGCCGCUGCCGGCAUGGAUAACAGGGAGGUGUACAGCUCCACCACGGAGGCGCACCCGGGCUCCACGAGCCGGGUCUUCGGCUUCAACUGCUCCGUGGCCCGGCCCAGUCGGAUCCGGGGCCCCCUCAAGCUGAUUGAGCUGGGGCUGUCUCUGGUGGCUUUUGUCUGUGAAGAGGUCGUGCCGCGCUGCACGCGCUGUUCAGGCCUCUACUUUUUCGAGUUCGUCAGUUGCAGCGCCUUCCUCCUGAGCCUCCUGCUGGUGGUCGUCUUCUGUACCUGUUUGUUUGACAAAAUGGACAAAGACAAAGUGGUUAAGGCGGACUUCUUUAUCACUUUGAUAACUGGAAUUGCACUUUUGAUAGCAUCAAUAGUCUUUUUUCACACCACUGAUUGGACCAAACCUGAAACUGCUGCAAUUGUAUUUGGAAUUUUAGCAAGCAUUAUAUUCUUAUUCGAUUUUGUUGUGCUGCUGGUCGAAAAAUAUCUGAAGUCCAAGACAAGGAAAUCUGAAAACGCCAAAGCAUCAGAAGUUACCAAGCCACUGAAUGCUUAGGCAAAUGGCUAGAGGAGGCAGGGAUGAGAGGGUGAAGAAGCCAAGGAGGAAGUUCUUAUAAAUGAUGGCAUUCUACUCUCUGUAGAUUAGCUUCUUUUGUCAACUCACUUCUGGGGAGUUUGGGGUGGGGGAGGAUGAGGAGACAUCCAGUUUAGCUAAGGGCUGUCCACGUUGCCUUCUUUCCAACUACUACUAAAAUGUGUGCCUUAAUGAAGACGUUUUGUUUUUGCUAUUUUUUCUUUAAAAUCAUCAAGUGACAAAUGUUUCUGUAAGACCACCACAGGACCCUUGACUAGGUUGGCUUCCAAAUAGCACCGUGGGUUUUUAUAAAUGGGAUGAAAUGUUCUUAUUGUCACCUGAGCUUAUGGAAUUAAUUAGCUUACUUGAAAUUUUGGGGGAGAUUAAAAAAAAAACAAACUAACCUAAAAAUUGAAUGACUGAAUUGUAUCUUAAUUGAAUAAUAUUAUUUGACAUAUUUAAAA